AUGAUAUACAUUACUCGCCGCUUCCGACGGCGUCUCGCCUCACAAACCAUCCUCUUCCUUAUCUUCUUCCUCAUAUUUUACACCAUCCUGCCACACGACUCCUCCAUCCGCCUUGCCGUCUCCUUCAAUGCCGCGCGUCUGUUCAACGCCGUGCGCGGCGCCGCGACGGACCGCGACGCCUGGCUCUGGACCACCCCGCGCUACCCGGUGAAUCUGUAUGCUGACGUUGGAUACCUCAUCAAAACCGGCUACGGGACUCGCCACCGCGUGCCGGACCAGCUCACGGCGUUCGGUCACACGGGCGGGUUCCUGGGCGAGGAGGGCCGGAGCUUCCUGGUUGUCGGCGAUUGGACCACUGUGAAUGACACGGAUGCGAAAGUCAUUGGCGUGCCGGUGCAUGAUGUCAUCAGGAAGGUGACGGAGACCAAGAUUCGGGGCAAGGUGGAGGACUACCCGAGACUCGUCAAGUACAAGAGCCUCCAAGACGAGCUUGAAGCUGGCAACGAGGACAAGGCCUUGGAAAUUGGUCAGAAAUUCGGAUGGGAGCUAGAUGCCCUAAAGUUCAUCAUGGGCAUGGAGUUGAUUUACAAGCAGAUGCCCUACAAGAAGUGGUACAUCAUCCUAGACGACGACACCUUUUUAAUCCGGCCCUCGCUAGAGCUUCUCCUGGGCCACCUGGACCCUAAAAAGGCACUCUACAUCGGCAACGCGGUGGGUGACUACAAGGGCAGGUUCGCACAUGGCGGAUCGGGCAUUUUGAUCUCUGGAGUGGCGAUGCGGCUUCUAUUUGAGCACCCUGGCGUCGUUGAAGAAGCCUAUGCCGAGUCCAUGUCCGAGACGUGGGGGGAUCGUCUAGUGGCGACGACGCUACAGAAGCUCGGCAUCUACCUAGAAGAGAGCUACAACCACCACUUCAACGGAGAGCCGCCGUCCAUCACGCGCAUAUGGGGCGAUCGGUUUUGCUCACCCCUCGUCUCCUUCCACGGGCUGCGCAACCCGGGCGAGAUGGUCCACGUGGGGAAGACACUGGCGACGGUGGAUGAGCCCGUACUAUGGCGCGACGUGUGGGAAAUGUUUGGGGGCUCGCCCAUAUCAGAGUUGGCAAACUUGCAGACUCGGCUAUCAGCAGACCACGUUGGAAAGGCAGACGAGCACACGCGGACGUGGGGGGAUAUGCAGAGCGCCAGCGCCUGUCAGGCCAAAUGCAAGGAGCAUGGUCGAUGGUGUAUGGCGUGGACAUACGAGCCGGACGCAAAACGGUGCAACCUGAGUCCGUGGCUGCUGCUGGGGGCGGAUGAGGCGACGCAGAAGACAUCUGGCGUGAACUGGCCCAAGGUGAAGAAGUUGCUAGGGACAUGCUAA